UCCUCUCUCCCUCUUCUCUGUUUCCACUCCCCUCUCUCACCUCCACUCUCUUCCUGGGACUGGGUCUGGGACUCUCUCUUUCAUUUUCUCUCAACAGUUUCACAAGCCAGCGAGAGAUUGUAGCUUGCUUUUCCUUCGCCUCUCCCGGUCUCCCCACGGCCCACCCCACCAAAUCCAAACUUUACCUUCCUUCUCACUCCAUUCUCCAGUCCCACCCUUCCCUCCUUUCUGCAACCUCAUUCCUUCCCUUCCUGCAGUUGCAAUCUCUGCGAGUUCCCCACGUUGCUUUCUUCCUCCCAUCUCUCCAGCGUUUGCUGUUCAGCAAUGAGCACCCAGGGGGCUAAAUCUGCCAGAAAUGCGAAACCCACGACCCAAACUCCACAAUCCAGCUCGAGAUCUUCCUCCCUCGCCGCCCACAUGGCCAUGGUGGAGCUCAAACAGCGAAUCAUCACUUCCCUCUCUAAGCUCGCCGAUCGGGACACCCAUCAGAUCGCGCUCGAGGAACUCCACUCCAUUAUCAACACCCUCUCCCCUGAAGUCCUCCCAAUGCUCCUCAAUUCCCUCUACGACACCCUCUCCGAGCAGUCCACCGCCAAACCCUCCGUCAAGAAAGAGUCCCUCAACUUGCUCGCCCUCGUUUGCCAGUCCCACCGGGAAUUGACGCUUCCCCAUCUGGCCAAAGUAAUUACCCACAUUGUUAAGAGGCUUAAAGAUUCCGAUUCGGGCGUGAGGGAUGCUUGCCGCGACGCGAUUGGUGUUUUGUCCGGUUUGUAUCUCAAGGGCGGCGGGGAAGGUGAUGGUGGCGAGGGGAAUAAUGGCGGCGGGCAUGUGGUGGGGUUGUUCGUCAGGCCGCUGUUCGAGGCUAUGGGAGAGCAUAACAAAGUUGUGCAGGCGGGCGCUUCGUCUUGUAUGGCUAAAAUGAUUGAGUGCGCUGCUGGCGUGGACAAGGAGGGUUCUGGUCCUGGUGGUGGUGGUGGUGCUCCGGUAGCCGCUUUUCAGAAGCUUUGUUCCAGGAUUUGUAAGCUGCUCAAUGGACAGAAUUUCCAGGCGAAAGCAGCUCUGUUGGGUGUUGUAACCAGUUUGUCCCAGGUUUCCCUCAAGCAGCAGAUCCUAACGUCUUUGUCUAAAGUGGCUGAUAAUGACACCUACAAUAUUGCAGUCAAAGACCUUGAUUCCAUUGUGCGAAACCUGUCUCUUAGUGAUCUUCCAGAGGUAGUCAAUGAGGCCAGAUUAAAAUUAUUUGUGGGACCAUUAUUUGAUGCUUUGAGGGAGCAGAAUGAAGUUGUGCAAUCAGAAGCAGCUAUUUGCAUGGCAAAGAUGGUGGAGUGUGCUGCAACCAACAACACUGUAGGAGCAGAAUUUAAGGAUCUAUUCCCUAGGAUUUGUAGAGUGCUGAGUAGUAAGAGUUUUCGAGCCAAGGCUUCAGUUUUGAGCACUGUCUCCAUCUUCUCACAGGUAGGAGCAGUUGCUCCACAAAGCUUGCAACCAUUGCUGCAGAGUAUUCACGACUGCCUUAGCAGUACAGAUUGGCCAACACGCAAGGCUGGAGCUGAUGCUUUAACUGCCUUAGCAGUCCAUUCCUGCAGCUUAGUUUCAGCCGAAGCUGCUGAUUCUACAUUCACGGCGCUUGAGGCUUGCCGUUUUGAUAAGAUAAAACCUGUUAGAGAUAGCAUGAAUGAGGCAUUGCAAUUAUGGAAGAAGAUUGCAGGGAAAGGAGGCGAUGGGGUUUCAGAUGACCAGAAAGCUUCCUCUCCAGGUGGUGAAAAUCGAGAAACUACCGAGUCAACAGAGAAAGGUUUGAAUGCAAGAAACAGAAGUCUAGAGUCCCCUGCCAUAGAUCUACCUAGUGGCUCUCCCCCAGUCACUAAUUCUGCUGCAAAGGCCCAAUCUGGAAACAUACCAGAUAAGACAGUUGUAAUAUUGAAGAAGAGAGCACCUGCGCUGACAGACAAAGAACCGAACCCAGAAUUCUUCCACAAACUAGAAACAAGAGGCCCUGAUGAAUUGCCUGUUGAAGUUGCUGUCCCUCGUCGGUGCAAUAAUUCCUCUAGUCUAAACAAUGAGGAAGAACCAAUAUCAAACAAUACAGAACUGAAGGAGAGAUCAGAUCCCUCAGCAAAUCACAGGUCUGAUGAGCUGUAUUUCAAUAAUAGGUACCGCAUCAGUGAUAGAGGAACCGUGGGGAGAGAUCCCAAAAGCAGAGCAUUUGAUGAUGAACGGGGUGAUUACAACAAUAGGGGGGAGACUGCUGGAAAUCGCGCUGCAGGUAUCUCCAAAACUGAUGGGCAGUCGGAAGGAUCCUUGGGAAAUAGUAGAGGAAAUUGGUUGGCAAUUCAAAGGCAAUUGCUGCAACUAGAAAGACAACAGACGCAUCUUAUGCAUAUGCUUCAGGAUUUUAUGGGUGGAUCUCAUGAUAGCAUGGUGACCCUGGAAAACAGAGUUCGAGGUCUUGAGAGAGUUGUUGAAGACAUGGCACGAGAUCUGUCUAUGUCCUCUGCUGGUAGGAGGGGUGGUAGCAGCUUUGCCAUGUCUUUUGAUGGUUCAUCUUCUAACCGAUCAUUGGGCAAGUACAAUGGCUUCUCAGAUUAUUCUAGUGCAAUGUACAAUGGUCGGGGUCCUUUUGGGGAUAGAUUUGUGCAAUCUGAUGUGAAUGCUUCAGCUGCGAGGGGGAGAAAUCCGCACUGGAGGGCGGACACAUCUGAUACUUGGGAUUUCCCCUCGUAUGGGUCUAGAAAUGGUCAGGUUGGCUCAAGAAGAGCUCCAGGUGGUGGAAGUGCUCUAGGGUCACCAAAAUCUGAGCAUGAAAAUGAUCAAGUUGGCAGCAGCAGGAGAGGUUGGGAUAAGGGCGGUGGUGGGCCCUCUAGGCUUGGUGAGGGGCCUUCUGCUAGAAGUGUUUGGCAGGCAUCCAAAGAUGAAGCAACUUUGGAAGCCAUCCGCGUUGCUGGGGAUGAUAAUGGAUUGUUAUCACGGACUGCCAGGGUGGCCAUUCCUGAAUUGACUGCUGAAGCCAUGGGAGAUGACAAUGGUGUUGAGCAAGAGCGGGACCCCAUUUGGACUUCAUGGAGUAAUGCCAUGGAUGCCCUAAAAGUUGGUGACAUGGAUACAGCUUAUGCUGAAGUGACUUCCACUGGAGAUGAUAUGUUGCUUGUGAAGAUUAUGGACAGGACGGGACCUGUGGUCGAUCAACUCACGAAUGAAACAGCAUGUGAUGUCUUUCAUGCUAUUGCUCAGUUCUUGCUGGAUCACAAUUUGUUCGACCUCUGUUUCUCUUGGAUUCACCAGUUGGUAGACAUAGUAAUGGAGAAUGGAGCAGAUGUUCUGGGGAUUCCCAUGGAAUUGAAGAGGGAACUUUUGUUGAACCUACACGAAGCUUCCACGGGAAUCGAUCUGCCAGAGGACUGGGAAGGUGUGGGGCCUGACCAACUCCUGCUGCAGUUGGCAUCAGCUUGGGGCAUUGAACUGCAACAGUUUGACAAGUGAAGCAACUAGCAACUCCUUUAAGUCCAAGAUUGUGAACAUGGAUCCAGUGUCGUGCCAGUUCGAUUUUCUUGCAUGUUUUUGAGCUUUUUGUUGAUAGAUCUAUCAAGUAUUGACCCUGUAUCUUUUUGCAGUUUUCGUUCCUUUUGCUACUUUAUUGGAGAAUACCUACUAUAUUUGAUCUGGAGAGUUAAAAGGUGUUGUAAAUGGAUAUACAGCUUCGUGAUAGCAAGGAUUUGGUGUUGAAUUAGUUGCCAACUUGACCGCCCUGGCUGGUCCCUCCCAGAACCAAAGUCCGGCAAAACAACGAAUAAGAAAG